AUGGGUCGCGGGUUUUUUGGUGGUUCCCACGGGACUCGAGGCGGGUUUAGGGGAGGUCGUGGCAUAGGCAAUCGAAGUUUUGAUCAGGGACCACCGGAAGCUAUUGAAUUAGUCGGCGAAGUUUCCCAUGCCUGCCAAAGGGAUCUUGUCUGCAGAUUACUGAACGAGGCUGUGCCUUUUUUCAAUGCUUCUAUAUACUUGGAAAACAAGCAAGAAAUAGGAAAAGUUGACGAGAUCUUUGGGCCUAUUAAGAAAAGCAUGUUUUCGAUCAAGUUGGCUGAUAACCUCAACGCUGAGUCAUUCAAAGAGGGUCAGAAGAUGUAUAUCAACAAGCUUAAGCUGCUUACGCUAGAACGGAUUAUGAAUGCCAACGCGCCCAAAGGUGCCAUACGCAAAACGCCAAGUGAUGCUCGAGGGAGACGCGUUAGCGGUAACUUCAAUGGCGAUAGGGGUGGUCGUGGUCGUGGGAGCCGUGGAGGUGCACGGGGUGGACGAAGAGGUGGAGGUGGAGGCGGUGGUGGAUUCGGUCAACGUCAGUCCUUCCGUGGAUUUCGGGGAUUCAAAGGUCCAAGACGCGGUCAAUAA